AUGAUAUAAGAUGAAAUGAAAAAUGAAUUUUUAAUUCUUAGUCCUUCUGAUGGAAGUAUAAUGUAUUUUAAUUUCUAAAGUCUAGGAUAAAUAAUGAUUAGAAAGAAAAUACUUUUCAAGUUGGAAAAAGAAUGAAAAUUACUCAUCCCAGACAACCAUCCUACUAAGUAGAAGAAGAUAAGACUCCUGCAUUUGAAGUUUUUGAUUUAAAAGCUCAUAAGGAAUCUAAAGGAAUUAGUUGGAAAUUUCGAAAUCAAAGGUAAUAAACAAAUGUAAAAAUCAAUAUUACCGAAAUGAAUACAUAAUAAAAGGUUAUUAUAUUUAUUGACAAAUUAAAAUAACAUCUCGCUAUAGGAAGCAAAUAAUACAAAAUUAUUAAUUCAUUAUUAUUUUCUCCUUUAAACACUGGAAAAAAAGUUUAUAAGAAUUCACUUUAUCCAAUAUUAAAUAUAAUUUGGGAUUCUAUUAUACUUUUGUUUUGUAGUUUACUCUUAAUUGUUAGUCCAAUUGAAUACAUAUACUAAUCAAAUGUUUACUAGAAGUAUUUGUAUAUUACGAUGAUUGUUCUAUGUAUUUUGGAUUAGAUUUAUAAAUAUACAUCAUAACGAUAUUAAGAAGAAUAGUUAAAUUAUAAUAAAUAAUUUCUUAAACUUAUUUUAAAUUCAUAAACAAUAUUAAUGGAUACAUCUUCAAUAGCUAUCCUUACUGUGUUAAUCUUUGCAGAUGAUGAAUUUAUUAAGACAAUUUGUUUGAUACUUAUUAAAUUUAUAAUUUGUAGAAAGAUAAUUUGUACAUAUAAUAAACGAUUAUAUUAUGAAUUAAGUGAUUUAAAUAUUUAGAUUAUAUAAAUCUUACUUGCAUGUCACUUUUUUACUUGUAUCAAUUUAAGAUAAUAAUAUAUAAUAAAUUAAGAAGUCAAAGAAGUUGAAUAAAUAUUUGUCGAUUAUUUAGAGAUAUAUAUUAACUACAUUCUUUAAUUAGGAAAUGUGAAAUUUAAUUUAGAAGAUGAUAAAUUAUUAUAUCGAGUUUUCAAUAUGAGUACAAUAGUAAUCCUUUUGUUUUAUAAAAUAUUAUUGUUAAAGCUAAUAAUUUUAGAUUCUCUUGACUUUUUUUAAGAAUACAAAAAAACCAAAGAUCUGAAACUGCUCUAAAGAUUCUUGCAUCAAUAGAAAAUUUCUUAAACAUUAAAAUAGUAAAUUUCUGUAAAGUUAGAUUAAAUUUUUUCAAGGGAUAAAAAUUCAUAAAUUAUUGAAAAUUGUUUUGAAUAAUGUUUAGAAAAAGAAUAAAUAUUUUAAGAAUUUAAGGAAUAAAAGUUAAUAAAUUUUGUAAAUUAAUUUUCUAUAUUUUCUAAAUUUUCAAAAUCAACUAGACAAUAGAUAGCUUAAAAUCUUACUCCAGUGAUACUUAAUGCAAAUGAUAAAUUAAUUUGUAAUCAAUAUGGUGACUAAUAUAAUAUUUAUCUUCUAAAUUAAGGUAAAGUUGCAUAUGGUCUUACAGACACAUUACCAGAAUAUCAUCAAAUUUUUGGUGGCCAAUGUUUUGGUUAAUAUUCUUUCUUUACUGGUUAAGAGAACAAAAAUUUGAUAACAUGUUUAGAUUAUUGCCUCCUUUAUAAAUUAAGUAGAGAUAAAUUUCUAAAAAUAAUUUCAUCAAAUGUUUAAGAUUUGGUAUAAUAAUUAUGAUAAUAAUAGGAAAUGGCUACUUUUAUUAAAGAUUAAGUUUUAUUUAAUAAUAAUUAUUAAAUAAUAGAUUCAGUUUGUCUAUAUUGUUAAGAUAAGACACAUAUAAUAAACAAUUGCCCAAAAAUACAUCUAAUAAAAAAGAAUAUUGAUUUUUUUGAUUAAUAUCUUUAUUCUCCAUAUUAAUCUAGAAUAUCAUGUAAUAAAUAAUGAAUAUCUAAUAGAUAAUAGAAGAAGAAAACGAAAUUAUGAUUAAUUUCGAAAUCAUUUUAAGAAAUUAAUUGAAAUGUAAAUAAAUCAUGUUUCAAAUGAUGAAAUUUCUUCUGAGUUUAAUUAGUAAUCAUCUAGUGAAUUAGAAUAAAAUUUAGAUAAAAGAGAGUCAAAAUUUCAUGGAGAUUCAAGCAAUUUAUUAUUAUAUGAUUUAUAUAAUGAGAAUAUGAAAUAAAGUGGAUAGAAAGAAUUACCAUAUCAAGAAAUGAUGUCACCAACUUCAUCAUCAAAAUAAUAGAAACUUUAAUCUAAGAAUAUUUUUGAUAUGAAAAUUUCAAACUUACUGAAUAAGGGUAAUUCUUUGAAAAUCAUACCUACUUUAUCAAGUAAUCCAAGUCCUAUAGUUAGAUUAUAAAAUCCAAGUUUGCCUACUGUCACUGAAUUUUUAACUUUAGGUAAUGAGGUAUAUAUUUAUUAUGACAAGAAUAUAUGUAUAGAGGAUAUCUAUAAAGUCGAUUUAGAUAGAAUGUAAGAUUUUGAUAUCUACUACCCUGAAUAUAAUAUAAUUAUUGUGCUUUUUAAGUAUAAUAUAUUCUUUAUUUUAUAUAAGAAUUAAGAGAAAUUAAAGAAGUAGCAAAGAAUAAAAAAGUAAACUAACUAUUAAUUAAAGUGUUGCAUUAAAAAUAUGUAAAAUUAUAAAUAAAAGUAAUAAAUUUAUGAAGAUAUGA